UCAAUUUUAGCACAUAAACCUGCUAGGCCUUAGCUGGCUAACUCGUUACAAUAAAUUAAUUAUUAUUUGCAGAAAGUAUCAAGGUCGUCCUCACUAGCGGUCCGCGAUAUACGUGCCAGUAUUUUUGUUGACUAUUUCGCGACAGACACAGAUGAAUGUUCAGAUGCAGCACGUAUGAAUCUUGCCAUUUUAAUUUAGCCUAAUUUAUUUAAAGGACAGCAGUUAGCUACCUGGCUAACUGGGUCAGUGGAACGGAGCCGAAUGUAUUAGCCAGUUUGCUGUCGAGUUAGCCAGAUAUCUAGAAAGGCAACGGUGUCAGAUUGGGUCGCUCGCUCUGGCGCGUCUCUCAAGAUAGCUAAUUAGCGAGUCUUGUUGACUACCUUCACAAUAACAUACGCAGGAAAAAUAGAUUUUUGUUUUGUCGUUUCUGUAGUGACAGAUAUGGAUAGUGUUUGUGGGACCUUCGGAGUAGUGAACCUGAUGCAUAUUGUUAGCUAGCUAGGCAGAUAGCUUGCUAGCUAGCUAAAGGUUGUAGCUAAUUAGCUUGCUAGCAAGUUAGCUAUAUUGUGCUUUCCAGGAGCGUAAAAGCCAUCUAGCUAGGAAGCUAGCUACUGUACAUUUCUCAUCAUGAGGCUUUUACGGUUUUUGAUGAAAAACUGCUCAAUUGGGAAGCACAUCGACUACUAUUCCAGAUUUUCUCCUUCACCUCUCUCUAUGAAACAGUUUCUGGAUUUUGGGUCCGAAAAUGCAUGCGAAAGAACGUCGUUUGUAUUCCUGAGACAAGAACUUCCCGUAAGGUUGGCUAACAUAAUGAAAGAAAUAAACUUGCUGCCGGACAACUUGUUAAAGACCCCAUCUGUUCGCCUGGUUCAGAGCUGGUAUGCGCAGAGUCUGCAGGAGAUCCUUGAGUUUAAGGAUAAAAACGCAGACGACGAGAAAGUCACUUAUGAUUUCACUGACGCUGUGAUAAAGAUCCGGAACCGACACAAUGACGUCGUCCCCACUAUGGCCCAAGGUGUGGUGGAGUAUAAGGAGGCCUACGGGACGGACCCGGUCACCAGCCAGAAUGUGCAAUACUUCCUGGACCGCUUCUACAUGAGUCGCAUAUCCAUCAGGAUGCUGUUGAACCAGCACACGCUUCUCUUCGGUGGAAAGGUCAGAGUUAACCCCGCCCACCCGAAACAGAUUGGCAGCAUCGACCCGCACUGCCGCGUGGUGGAGGUGGUGAAGGAUGCGUAUGAAAAUGCCAGACGACUCUGUGAUCUCUAUUACAUGAACUCGCCAGAGCUGGUGCUGGAAGAAUUCAACGUGAAGGAUAAAGGAAAGCCAAUAACGGUGGUGUAUGUACCCUCCCACCUGUACCACAUGGUAUUUGAACUUUUUAAGAAUGCCAUGAGGGCCACAAUGGAGCUCUGUGGGGAUGCCCUGGAGUACCCUCCUGUCCACGUCCAAGUGGCACUGGGCACGGAGGACCUGACUGUCAAGGUGAGUGACCGCGGAGGAGGUGUCCCCUUAAGGAAGAUUGACAGGUUGUUCACCUACACCUACUCCACCGCCCCUCGGCCACGUAUGGAGACCUCAAGGGCCACUCCCCUGGCUGGGUACGGUUAUGGUCUGCCCAUCUCUCGGUUGUACGCCAAGUACUUUCAAGGGGAUUUGAAACUGUAUUCCCUGGAGGGAUACGGCACAGAUGCCGUGAUAUACAUCCGGGCCUUAUCCACAGAGUCUAUAGAGAGGCUCCCAGUCUACAAUAAGUCUGCCUGGAGACACUACAAGACUAUGCACGAGGCGGAUGACUGGUGCGUACCUAGCAAAGAGCCUAAGGACAUGACCACCUUCCGCAGUUUCUAGCGUCAGAGACGCCAUGGGUGGGGGCCACGGCAGGCGGGGGACUCUCUGGUUGGGGCACAGAGUGCCAAACCAAGAGGAAUCCAUGCUCGUGUGUCAGUAUUUUUCCACAUCGAACAAAGGUCAAAUCCACCAGCUCGCUUUCGGAUAGGAUACUACUGGUUUUUUUAAAAUAAGCUUUAAGCGACAGGUUUAAUGUACUAGUGCCAUACGCUUCAGCAGAAUUUCCAUAGCAUUUGCUGUGACUGUUUUUUUUUUUUUUUUUCCUUUUCUUUAAAUGCGCUGAUUACAUUGUGGAAUGCUUUUGAAAAUGCAGGUUUAAAUCAAACAGUACCAACGUUUCUUAUGUUGGUAAGAACAAUUUAUGUUCUCAAGUGUUGUCUUAAUAUUAAGCCGGUCGGUUUUUACGAGUUUGAUUUUUUUUUUUUAAAGAUAUUCCAUAAUGCGGUGUUACUUUCCAGGCCUGGUGUAGUAGACAGUAGCUGGAAAAUCUGACUGAAUGAAAUUAAGUUGCACAUCUACUUAGACAUUUUAGGUGGCUCAUGCAUCAGCUCCACCUGUAGGCAGGAUGCAGUGUUGUAGCAGCAAAUGGCUAAAUGGAUAAAUGUUACAAACUUGCAGCCCAAAUAGGUCCGUUCCCAUGUUCGAGUGCUUGUGGAUGAUCAGUUUGGAAGAACGGACACAAACAGACGCGGUUUCCUCCAAAUGUUGUCGUCUCUAAGGCAGCAGUGUGCACCGAAAGGGCCAGAGAGAGCACCCUUUCAGGCUUCGUUAGCGUGCUAGAGUCGCUACUCAAAAUGAAGAUGCUAAUGCUGGUAUAUAACAGGAGCAGCAAGACUUGGGUACCUUGUGUGUAUUUUCACACGCCGUACUUAGUAUCCUUCAGCCUGUUUUUAAAGUGCAGCUUCUCUAAUAUGUUCCUGCUUUUUAGAAAAACGCAGGCGAGUUACACCAAUUCGUAAUGUAUUAUUCGCGUAGAACAAAAAUCGGACCAUAAGGGAUGAUUCCAAAUAUGCCGUACACGGCAGCGUUUCAUAAUUUUACUUGUAGUCGUGCCAGCUGGUGGUGUGGCAAGACCACAUUCUGCAUAUGCCAGUACCACGUGUUUGUGGCACACAAAUGUCAAUUUGACACAUUUGGUGACCAUUAAAAUUCAGGGACUAUUAUAUGGUUUUCAAAACCUGGCUUCCAGUAUUUAACGCCAUACCUGGAAACAAGGGGGCCGAGUACACCUACAAUACAGUAAUUAAACGGGUCAGAGAUGGUACAAAUUCACAAAUUUAGAACAGGAUGAGGUGUUUGAGUUGUGGGAGAAACCUGCACAGGAAAUUAAAGGGCAUGGUAACACAGCACUUAGGCACAAACUACUGAGACGAGCAAAGGCUGAAUGUGAAGAGCCCUGUGAUCGUGUCCCACAGAGCUGUCCCACGCAUAAGCCCGCGUGUUCCUGUGUGGUCGAGCUACGGCCUUGCAUGUGA